AUGAAUGAAUUGAUCUCCAUAAGAAUAGUAACUGGAUGGCGUAUCUGCAUGGAUGAUCACAAGCUGAAUGAGCCCAAUAGAAAAAAUCAUAAGCCGGUGCCUUUCAUCGAUCAAAUGUUAGAUAGGCUAGUAGGUCAAGAGUAUUAUUGCUUUCUGGAUGGAUGCUCAGGUUAUGAUUAUAUUUCUAUUUCAUCGGAGGAUCAAGAGAAGAUAACAUUUACUUGUCCAUAUGGCACAUCUGAGUUAAAACGUAUGACAUUUGGAUUUUCUAAUGCACCAGCCACAUUUCAGAGAUGCAUGAUGGCAAUCUAUCAUGAUAUGUUCGAUGAUUCUAUGGAACUGUUCAUGGAUGACUGA